UGAGUCUAAAGCUUUUAUAAAAAGCAAGUCAGACGCUUAUUAGAGAAAUAACAGAACCAGACACUUGUACCCCAGCCAGAGAAACUUAGGUCUAAAAUAUUGACAAUACCAGUGUCAGGAUGAUAUCAGGUGCCUCUAGUGCAUGAGGUGAGUUUGAGCAUUCUGGAUAUAAUAUGUUAGCGUAAAUUAAUGAGUACUGAUUGUAAUUUUGUUAUUUCAGAUGCAUGGGAACAGCUUACUAGCUUUGUGUUGAUUGGUCUGUGUGUCGAGUUGUGUAGUGUAAAGAUUGUUAACUGUGUCAAUGGAUAUUUCUUUGAGGUUGACAUUUAUUUGGACAAAUACUGACACCUUUCUUCUUCUUGGAACUAUGUCAACAACAAACAACUGAAAAGACCUGCUUUUCACACUUAAUGAAGCCACUAUAUGUCUAUUCUUUAUCAAAGUUUAAUGAUGUUAUUUGGGUUCAUCUUCUAUCCUUUUCUUGUGGUUCAAGUCUAGCCCAGAAUAUGGGGAUAGACGCCAUUAAUAUUUUAUUGAUGCAGGCCUCUAGACAUGCAGAGAUGGAAGCAAUUGACAUUCUUCUGGAGAUCCACUUUCAGCAUCAGAAGUUGCUGCGAAAUUUUCAAAUUGUGUCGUAUGUUACAUGUGAACCAUGCAUUAUGUGUGCUGCAGCUUUUGUCAAUUCUAGGUAUAAAGGAAGUUUAUUAUGGCCGUUCAAAUGAUAAAUUUGGAGGAUGUGGAUCAAUUUUGUCAUUGCAUUCAAGUUGCUCUGAGCAACUCAUCAGUGGUGUUGUUCCACCAGAAACGGGUUUCUACGAACGGGUAACCCUAAUGGCUAAUGCUCCAAAAUCUCACAGGCCUCUGGUUGGAAAGGCAGCAGAUUGAAAUAUGCUUACAUAUGAUUGUAUCCAGGCCUGCGGUUGUGAACCCUGGUUUGCCUUAGUCCUUAGUAUUGGUUUUUGUAUUACCACUCUUCAUUUUUUCACGUUUGGGUAGGUAGAUUAGAAACUCGAGAUAAGACAAUGUGCCAAAAAGGCAAGAAAAAUGAUCAUCUGAAAAGUAUUUCUAUGUGCAUUUGUGUCCAGAACGGUGUAUAAUCUGGCUAUUUAUUGCAUUUGAAUGCAAAUUCAGGUAUUCACAAAUCAUGAAACUUUUGUAUAGUUUAAAGGCAGUGUGAUGAAAGAGGUGAUUGAAUUUGGGAUGGAAGAUUCCAAAUUCAAAUCCUUAUUCCUGCUUCCCUGACACAGU